AUGACUAUUGUACCAAGCCCUCUCCUUGAUUCUCCUUCAACAUCUACAGAAGUAUCUUUCUUCUCAAGCUUCCAUGGCUUUGAUCACCAGCCCGACAACCCAGUGAGCAUGGAGUUCUACCGUUUGGCCCAGUGGAGACACUGGAAGAAUGGAUCCAAAAAUUGGAGAAAGAAUUGGAAUCGAUGCAUGCUUGAGUAUUAUGACUUGUUAAUUGGAGAUCGAGUACAUGAUCUCAGAACCUGGCAGCAAAUGUGUCACAAGCUGGACCUUCCUGGUGACCUUCCCUCAAUCACCAAAUGUCGCAAAGCCCUGUCGCAUGUCUAUGUCAACAUCAUCGAUCUUUUGGAAUGCUGGGAAGAGGACCGUUCCCCUCAGCGCUUCAACAGCCGCAAAGAAUUAUCCAAUUACACCCAGGCAUCAACAAAGUUCUUUGGCCGGUCCGUCGCCAAGCAAGAUAAGGUAUUGAAGACCUUACUGAGGAGAGUUGCCUAG